CCCCACCGCCGCCUCGUCCCCUCUAAGCUAAAGCGCCGCCGCGCGUCGACGAAAGAAUCACCAAUGGCGCCGCCGUCGAAGAUGGCCCUGGGCAUCAAGCGCGCCUCGCGGUCGAACACCUACCACCGCCGCGGGCUGUGGGCCAUCAAGGCCAAGAACGGCGGCGCCUUCCCCAAGGCCGAGAAGCCAGCUGCCGUUGCCGAGCCCAAGUUCUACCCCGCCGACGACGUCAAGCCACGCACUGUCAGCACCCGCAAGCCCAAACCAACCAAGCUCAGGUCGACCAUCACACCUGGUACGGUGCUGAUCGUGCUCGCGGGGAGGAGGUACAUGGGGAAACGCGUGGUGUUCCUCAAGCAGCUCAAGUCCGGCCUGCUGCUCGUCACCGGACCUUUCAAGGUCAACGGAGUGCCAAUCCGCCGCGUGAACCAGUCUUACGUCAUUGCCACAUCCACAAAGGUGGACAUCUCUAAGGUUAACGUGGAGAAGUUUGAUGACAAGUACUUCGCUAGGGAGAAGAAGACUAGGGUGAAGAAGACUGAGGGAGAGCUAUUCGAGACAGACAAGGAGGCAACAAAGAACCUGCCUGACUUCAAGAAGGAUGACCAGAAAGCCAUCGACGCUGAGUUGAUCAAGGCUAUUGAGGCCGUCCCAGACCUUAAGAACUACCUUAGUGCCCGGUUCUCCCUCAGGGAUGGUGACAAGCCGCAUGAGAUGUCCUUCUAAGUUAGUUGGUACAAGUUUCAAGUUCUGUGGAUCUCUUUUUUGUCUAGCGUGUUGUUCUGUACUCCUGAAUUUUGUGCGCCUGGUUAGUUAACCAUUGAUUUCUACUGAGGUCUGCCUGUCAAAUAUUAUGAGAAGAUUACGACAAGUACUAUGCUUUUCGGUGGUUCA